UGUAUGGCUGUGACCAUGCGUGUGGUGACUGUCCUCUUCUUGUCUGCCCUGCUUCCACUCUGUCUCUCCCAUGGAAGGGACCCCUUCGCCUGGUUGUACAGUCGGCAGAGCCAGGGUUACUAUUAUGGCUCCCUGCAGGUCGAUACCACAGGAGGGGCAUGUCCAGAUGAGUGUGACUGCCCCCCUACCUUCCCAGUUGCCAUGUACUGUGACGGGCGGGGCCUGACAGCCAUGCCAACCAUCCCCUCCCGUGUGAAAUACUUGUAUCUUCAAAACAAUGCCAUCACAGCUGUGCCUGAUUCAGCUUUAGUCAAUGCAACCAAUCUGGUGUGGCUCAUGAUGCACCAUAACCAGCUGACAUCUGACGCCAUUGGCACGAAGGCAUUUCUGAAGUUGGAGGGACUGGAGCGUUUAUACCUACAGCACAACAAUUUGAGCAGCAUUCCUUCAAACCUCCCUCGCAACCUGCGAGACCUGAGAAUAAACCACAACAACAUUGAAAAGGUAACGCCUGCAGACCUGGAGGGAAUGGAUAACCUCACCAUCCUGUAUCUCCAUGAUAAUGCUAUCACUGACAUGGGCACUUCACUGAGGGCGCUGAAGUCCCUCACAUUGCUGGACAUCAGUGACAACAAGUUGACAAAGGUCCCAGAGGCACUUCCUGAACAUCUGCACCAACUCUACCUGGAUUCCAACUCCAUUGAUUCUUUACCUGAGAGCUUUCUGAGUAGUUUUACUCAGCUGCAGUAUGUCAGGAUGGCCCACAACCAGCUAACAGACAAGAGUAUCCCUGCCAACACCUUUAAUGUGAGCGGGCUGGUGGAGCUGGAUCUGAGCUACAAUAAACUGGAGAGAAUCCCACCAGUGAGCGCCACACUACAGCAUCUCUAUUUGCAAGCCAACCAGAUCAAAGAGUUCACUCUGGGUAGUUUCUGCAGCGUUGUGGAUGUGACCAACUUCUCCAAACUGCGUACGCUGCGACUGGAUGGGAACGAGAUCAGUCGCCUGGACAUCCCCUCUGAUUCGUCUCUCUGCUUACGCCUGACUUCCACCAUUGAGAUCUAACUGUGUGUAUGACGCAUUGUGGCAGUCUGCUCACAAACACAGACCACACUAUCUGUGUGAAAUGUGCCAAAACCAAAGCACAGAAAGGGCAAUGAUGUGAUUUAAUAUCAGCAGCAGGUGGCAGCAGUUUGUACUGUAGUAUCCACAUCACAGUGAUUGUCAUAUGGUUAAAGACGUUGGUCUAACAUUGAGUAAAUCUUUAAGCAAACAAAUCUGGACAAAUAGUCAGGUCUGUUUUUUAAUUAAAUAGAUUUAAAUGAGCCGUAUGCCACAGAAUACAGUGUACAAGCCUGGAAAGGAUGACUGUAUGAGCCACGUGUAAUGUUUAUUUGUUGCAUAUUGAAAACUUUCUGUCUGUGAUCCUCCGUAUAUGUUGAUGUGAGGAUCAACGAUCUUUAUAAUCAGUGUUUUUAGCUGUUUUUAUGUCACAGUUUCUUUCUCUCUGUUGUCCUACAAAGCAUGCCUUCCACUGUUUCGGUAAGUUGAUGAUAAAAACAAGAUGAGACUGAUAUCUUACGCUCGAGGGUCCUCUUUUUUCACAGUGAAAUCAGCUUGGUCAGAUAUCUAUGUACCAAGUCAAUAAUAUGUUCUUAGUGUACUGUUCUGAAUCACACAUACAGUGAGGCCUCCAGGUGUAUGACUAUGAUUAUGAUUACUGUAUGCAUUGCAUGGGUUGGUUAUCAUACUGACAAAAGGCUUUUGGUUAUGAGCCUAUUGCAAAAUAAAUAAUAGAUGGCUUUUG